ACCCUCGCGUAGAAGACAGAUUUCAGUUUCCACAUUCAUCAAUCUCUCUCCAUCCCGUCCUUACCACAGGGGUUCGGUCGGUCCACAAUUGUCUCAGGGUGGAAGACGAGCGUCCACGGGUCUGAGAUGGAACAGGAACUGGGGAGGCUCAGUACACGCUGCCGAGGACUGCAAGAAGAAGCUGCAAUGGAGGAAACAAUCAAUGGAGGAAGCCAACACGAUGAGCCAAAGGGAACCAACGGCCAAGAGGGCGACAACGGCAUCAAUGAGACCGAUGCCGGGGGACUUGGGGAGACGGGUGUGGGUGGCAUGCCUCAAGGUUUUGCACGAAUGUCAGUCGACCGUGAUGCUGUGCGCUACAACAUGAGCCACAAGCAGCGUGGCCACUGCGUCAUCUUCAACCACCGCCACUUCGACCAGCACACAGGCCUUGGGGAGAGGAAUGGCACAGACCGUGACCGUGACCAGGCACAGGCACUCUUCACUAACCUGGGGUUCCAAGUGACUGUCUACAACAACCUCAAGGUGUAUGAGGUCAAGGAAAAAAUCCAGGACCUCGCUUUCGACGUAAACCACUCGGAAUGCGAUGCGCUGGCCGUGGUGUUCAUGUCGCACGGGGAGAAGGAUGUUCUCUGGGGCCGCGAUGGCACGUUUAACCCCGAUUACCUGUUUGAAAAUUUCAAAGCUGACCAGUGCCCUACCCUCGCUGGCAAGCCGAAGCUCUUCUUCAUCCAGGCGUGCCGUGGUGAGGGCUUGGAUUCCGGUACGACCCUCGUGCAGCAGAAGAACCGGGACGAGAUAGACUCCGGCUACCAGGCCUAUAAGAUCCCCAACACGGCCGACUUCCUGGUGUGCUGGUCCACUAUACCUGGUCACUUCUCUUGGCGUAACACCACCAAUGGCUCAUGGUUCAUUCAGUCGCUGGUGAAGGUGCUGACCCGAGACAGUGCGCAUGACGACUUACUCUCCAUGAUGACCAGCGUGAACCGCAACAUGAUUCUGAACUUCGAGUCCAACUGCCCAUCUCAGCAUCACAUGCAUGGGAAAAAGCAAGCUGCCUGCAUUGUCUCAACCCUGAUGCGAAAGGUGCACUUUACACCAAAGUAUUGACUGGUCCCCGAGCAUAGGGAAGGAGGAGGCAGGUCUGAAGCUAUGCUCAGGGAUGUGAUAGAAGAGGCCCCAGUAGCCAGAGCUGAAGAGGUGCAGGAACAAGAGCUGGGAGGUGCACUUGUAGCCCCCAAUAUCAGGGAGAAGCCCAAGAUGUUCUCGAGAUUCCUCCAACGAGUCUGGCCUUUUUCACUGAGGAAGAAGCAGAAUGAAGGCAAACCGAAACGUGACCAGAAGCCUCUUUGGAAGUUUGGCCGGCGUGAAGAGAGCUCAACAGAUCAUGCACAACUGACUGCCUCAGAGAAUGGAAAAAGAUCCAGCCAUUCCUCCUUCUUUGCGCGUCACAGGAGCAUCUGCCUCAGCUGUUGUAGGGGUUAAAAGAAGGAAUAGAUCAUACGUGCAUUUACUGUACACGAGUGAAAUGCACGUUUUGAAUAAUUUUAGGGUAUUAUAAAAAAAAAAAUAUGAUGUGCUUUCAGUAGUUAAACACAAUUUGACAAUUUUAAUUAUUAUUGUAUUCCCAGUAGAAUAUUGAUUGCUCAUUCAUAUGUGUCUAAGACACAGUUCACUGAUUCACAAACUUAGCUCAAAUUUAUUGUCUUUCAAUGCCCAACAGUUGGCUAUAAAUCAUUGUGCAAUUUUUGUCAGUUGUGCAAACAAAUAGAUAGUUCUUCAUUAGGUGUUUGUCUGGUGAUUGUGAAUCAUAAGACAGUGAUAGAGUAGGUAAGUUCUUGCUGGAGAUUUAGCAUCCUUUAGUAGACAUAAGGGCAUUUCUACAGUAUUGAGUAUAGUACCCUUAGAACUGAACACAACAGACUGUGUGCCCACUGUGGUGCCUUACAUGAAAACUGCCCAGUAAACUUUACAGUACAACCUUGCAUAAUUACCAUGUCUUUCAUUGAAGGCACUUGUACAUGGGUGACUUUUUAUAUGUGAUUUUUGUUGUUUUUUAGAGAUUCAACUGUCUGUCCUGCAUGUGUAUUAGUAAUAUGAUUUCAUAUAGAAAACAGUGCUCAAAUCUCCACUUAAUAAUUAAUAAUGAGAUUUCAUAGGAUCAUGUUUUUUGUUUUUGUCUCGUAAACUGAGAGUUCAAAGUGCUGAGCCCAUUGUCUUUCGGGGUUUAGUUUUAGCUAGGACUGUGUGGAUCAUGAGUCCUUGCCCAUCUUGCAUACAGGAGAUACAACCCUUAAGGAUAUAUUUUCCUACAUUUUGUAACAGGUACAGCUCCUUCUGUCUCCAUAUGUGCAGUAGUAAAGAGCAGGUCAUUAGUAAAACUGCUGCAUCUUUUGGAAAUAAAUCUGAUUUGUUUGCAGUCAGAAAUGGAGGGGAAAGUAAAGAACAGUCUGCCAGUAUUCUUUUUAUUGUAAUCUGCACUAGUGUUGGAAUAAGGCUAAAACUAAUGCUUACUUGUUUCAGUACUGUUUUUCUCAGGUUCCUAACGCUCUUCUUCAAGGGGUCUAGGCACUGAAUAUAUUUAAAUGUAGUUAUUUUAUGUUUGUUUCUUAUUAUUUAGAAAUAUCUAUUAUCCUUCCCCUUUGGUGGAGGGGGGGGGGGAAUGUUUUGGCCAGCAGAUUUAAAUGAUUGCAAUAACAUGUUUUUCAAAUUUUAAUUUAAUUCUUGUGGCAAACUUGUUGAAUGCUUAAUUAGGGCUUAUUAUAAAAGCAAAGGAUGUCCAUUUGUGUUGAAAAUAUCAUGAAGAGAUCAAAUUACAUGGAUCUAAGGUGAAAAAUAGUAUAAAAAACAAUAAACUGAACUUGGCCACUGUGUAAGGUUGAUCAGCUGCGUUCAACACAUCCUGUUUCUUAUGGUGUGAUCCUUUCCCUUCGAAUUAAGCCUCAGUUUAGCUUUCAUAGACAUUAUAUUGCUGCAAGUUUUAAAGUAUGCCUUUAGAUGAUGCCAUUGUUGUCUUUAAGAUGACAUGUUCAAUUUUUUUUUCUUUUUCCCCAGAACGCUAUGAUGAUAAUUAAAAAAAACAAAAAAAGGUUUAAUUCACAAAAAAUGCAUUGCUUUGUUUGUGGGUUUAAAAGUCAAAAGCCAGGCUUUUAUUGUACUCUAAAGUAAAUUCCAUAUGAGUCUGAUCAAAAGGAGAUUCAGUUUUUAGCAAUUGGUUCAGUUAGCGUUACGUUCUGUAAUAUCUGUGUAGAAGCGAAACUACAGUCUCGGUGAUUGAAAAAUAUUGUGUGAAUUCUGUAUGUAAUAUUUUCUUCUUGUCACUUGUUGUAUGUUGUCACUGUACUGUUUCAGAUUUUUCUCUCUUUAUUUUUUUCCGAGCUGCCAUAAAAGUCAUAUAACUGACAAGGUUUCUCGCUAUUCAAAUUGGAGUAUUAUUGCAACUUUUCAUUCUUGGCGAUGGAGAGUUGAUUGACUUGCGUCUAGUCUGAGCUGUCUGCCAGUGCCACAAUUACUUUAAUUUUACUUCAGGUGUUGUUGGAGUCUGAAGGCUUGUCCCAUCAGGCAUCACUAUAAAAAGAGAUUUUCUACUAUUAAGAAAGAUGAUUUUCUACUUAUGUUGGAUGUCAUUAUGUUCAGAUUUUGUUACUAUUUAAGUAAUUUGGGAAUAGAUACAAUUUUUCCUGAGGUCAAGGUCUCUAAUGAUAAGAUCUGCAUGAAAUGUAUUUUGAAAGACGGGGAAAUUGAUUUUCCAGGGAAAUUAAUAAAUUUUUUUUAUGAUUUUC